AUGUCGAGACUAGUAGCUGGUGGACUUUCUAACUGGGUUUCAUUAGCUUUCAACGUGCGAAAAUCGUUAAGUCGUGGAUUUCAUGGUGAUCCAAUAACGAAAGCGAUCAAACGACCUAAAGGAUCUGUCGAACCUGGAAGAGUCUUAAGAAGAAGCCAAGUACCCAAGAGGAAUGGUAGAUCCAAAUCUUUGGAUUCAUUCGGAUCUACCGGUCAAAUAUUCAGCUCAGUUUUAGAAGUUCGACCUUGCACUACUAUUACUACUGCUGAAUCUUACGAUUUGCCGAAACUCAUCGAUGAGCUGAGAAAGUCUGGGUUGAGGCCCGUGAGUUUGAUUCCAGACGAAAUCGUCAGUUUCAGUUAUCUGUUCGAGGGCCAGCUUGCGGAUAUAAUGGUCCUAGGGAACAGUGGAACCGUUGUAAGCUGGGGUUUGGAGGAAAAGCCGGUAAUGGAGGUAAUCUUGCCGAUCUUGGCUGAUUCUAGGAUCAAACCGAUUGCUGAGGACCAAUUUGAAAGUGAAGAUAUGGACUACGCUGAAUUUGAUUCGAAUCACGCGCUACAUGACGUAGCUCAGGCUUUGAACAAAGUUGAAGAUGCGAGUUUUAUAAUAGACGAUUUGAUUGUUAUAAAUUCCUUGGAUUCAGAAAGUGGGAUGCUCGACAAAGCCGCGUUUGCCUGCGGAAUGUCAAGAAGUACAAGGCUGGCUUUUCUAGAGAAUUCAUUGGAAAAACGUAUUGAAAAGACGAGAAAGUUCACAGAACUGUUGUCUCAGGGCAAGAAGCUGAAUAUUACCGAAUCCGACGUUCUCAGAUCUACUGGAAGUCUUUUUUUACUCAGAGGCAAAUUAAAUCUGUAUUCUGAGCUAAUAGAGACUCCAGACCUUUACUGGAGCGAACCUCAGUUAGAGAAUAUUUACAAAGAGAUAUCCAAGAGCCUUGACAUUCAGCCUAGAAUUGCCAUCUUAAACGCUAAGCUAGAUUACGCUACUGAUGAGUCCCGCGCUCUAAUGGCAGUUCUAAAUGAAAAGAAAAGCACUCGUUUGGAAUGGAUUAUCAUAUAUCUCAUUUUGAUAGAGGUUUGCUUCGAACUGCAUCAUUACUAUGAACGCUAUCUCGCUGAGGAAACCCGUGGGAAAUAG